AGACCGGUGCAGCUGUCGCAUCUACUACCGGGCUGCCCCCUGCUCAUUUAUACACCGCAGACAACAGCAUCACAGUGAUCAUUGGGUUAACCGUCUUUAUAGUGUAAGUUGAAGUUGAAGAACGUGACAGAUGUCAUCAUGCAAUGGGAAAUACAGUUCAGCAGUUGCUUUGCCGGUCUACCAGUUGUCAUCGGUAUGGUGGAGUAUUGUUCACUGCAUUCAAGAACCAGUCCCGAUGUACUAUUCCAAUCGAAUCGUGUUCACUAAUGAUAGAAAACUGUUUACCAUACGGGUAACUCGCUUUAUUUGUGCAGAAACACCGUAUCAAUCUGAUAAGCUACAUUAAGAUUCAUUAUUUUCCAUAAUUUUAGAUACAGUAGACCUUCCCUGCUUCGGAAGUUAGUCCGCAAUUCCACUCCAGUCCAUAUGCAAGUUGCAGUGGUAUUCUUAAGUGUAGUGAACCACUUUCAAUCAGUGGUUCUCGGUUUGUUAUGUAAAGUAUACUUAGGAAUAGCAUUGUUGCGAAAUGUGACCCGGUUUUCUCGGUGGAAUCAUGUCGGCCAGGUUAGACGCGUGGCUUAAUCGGUUCAGAAUGCUAAUCGAUGCCACCAUUUACUCGUAGCCUUUAUAUUUAAGGCUUUAAGCUUAAAAUAUCAGAGUAAAGACAUAUCUUAAAGAUAAUUCCGUUCUUCCGGUGUAUGACGAUCCAGUGAUUGAAUGGUAGCAAAUUUGUUACUACCAUGGCCAAGUGUAUGGCCAGAUAUAAUUGUUAUACAGCCAAUAAACGUACGAUGUAUGGUGCUAAUGAUAUUUUACUGUAUUGUUUGAAAUCAAAGACUGUCACCCCGGUUUCGUAUCAUCUUUCUUUUCAUCCCACUGACCUGUGCCUUGUCUCGAUUACCUUGACUACCUCUAAAUUCUCUAAAUUGUGCUGCUAGUUGAGUUGUUCCUUACUUCAACACAAAAAAUACCUUUUUUUGGCUUUAUUGGCUAGUUACUAGCAGCAAUUAUAUUGAAUGUUUCAUUUUUUGUAAAUGUAAGUCUAGUUGUCAAAAUUAAAUUGACCAGUCCUGCUAAGGAGUACCGCUCGUUCCCGGUAGAGGGCGUAACGGCCAGACGGUAUCAAUAAGCACGCCAGCUCUCAGUGGUAAAAUUUCGAGAAAUAAACAAUAAAUUCGAAAUUUAAUAACACUAAGGACGUUGAAUCGAAUCGGAAAGUUAUUCGACACUUAUGUUUGGCGUCCGUUAACAGGAUCAGUAUUGUACUGAACCGUGCCGUUGUGUGCUCAACGUUACUAGAAGCUAGUUGUGCAAAUGACACUUUACAAUUACUGUACAGUAUCCAAAAUUCAACCUUCAAAUCACUCACUUCAACUGAAUAAAAUGGAGAUUUUUAGUUUAGAUGGAGUUUGAAGUCUCUGAUGGCUUAGUAUUGUCCAAAUUUUGUCAUGGCAAAAUUAUUAACCAUUUAUUGUAAUCAUUAACCAUAUCAACAAAAACAUCGGAAAUUAGAUGAAUUUCUUAAUUGGCAAACUGAAACAAAAACAUUGAUAUUGUUCCUUAAACAUGCUUAUUAGACCCAAGCUUCAUAUCGUUAGACUCAAGCGCAUCAGUGGCUAUAAUAAGUUGACAACAGGAUAAACUAUAUCGGUUUUGUUUGUUGAUUUGCCCCAAUUACGUCGUCAACUCUGCCCUUUUUUUUGUAUAAAUUUUAACCAAAAGUGCUGACAUCCAUCAGACGGCAUACAAGAGCGCUUCAUAGAGCAUUACAGUGGCUAGCCGUUUGCAUAGUGUGCGUUGAAGUUAACGAAACGUGACAACAGGUUUCAGCAUGAAAUGGGGAAUGCAAUUUAUCCGUUGCUUCGUUUGUAUGCUUGCUAUUAGCGUUCUGUACGAUAUGAAAGCUGUCCACUGCAAUGAACCGCCAGUUCCGGUGUACUAUCCCAAUCGGAUCGUGUUCACCAAUGAAACGAAAUCUUUUACCGUGCGCGUGACUCGCUUUAUCUGUACAGAAACCCCGUACGAAGUGUCGGUACUGUUGCAUUGCAAAACGGUGCUACGCCGCAACAGGCCGACGGUUAUGAACUUGUCGGUGUACGUACCGAUGGUGCUGAAUACCAUAAACUUGCAGGUGAAAACAUUCUACCGGCUGAACGAUUAUAAGGAGUUUCCCAUUAACUUGAGUACAGAGAUCUGUGCCUACUUCCGUAACCCGUCGGAAGACAUCUUUUCGCGCCACGCAAUGUCCGUAAUGUUAGAAACGAUACCACAUCUCGUCCACUACUGUCCACAUGGGAACAAAACCUACAGUGCCAUUUACUGGUUGGAGGAUAAGUACUUUCCCAAGUCCAUGCCGGCGGGCGACUAUCGGCAGGAUGUGUGGUUCCGUAGCGCUGAUAACAUAACACUCUUUGCCUUUGAAAUGUACUUUUCCAUCCGUCGGAAGGGUAUAUGGCGAUCGUUGAUCGACUGGUAGUAAGAUAGACCAGUACAAAAGCUUGGUAUUCGCCGAAUUCUAUUUGAGCUUAGUUGAUGUAGUAUCGAAUACCUAUAUCGAAGCGCACCGUUAAUGAUCAGUGUUGUUCUAGAAUAAAUGGUUUAAUAAUUUUUAAGCACCAAGAGAAAUAUAUAAACCGUAGGCAGCCAAUUAACGUUUCGUUGGAUGGAAAUUACGUGUCAGAUUAUGGUAACAUUUACUACAUAACUGAUGGCUAAUGAUCUCUAAUGACCUAUAAACUCAACAAACUUAUAUGUGGCUUUAAUUUGAGUUGCUGUGGCGGAUACAAAUGCGACUCUUAUCUUAGCUACAAUCGACCAGGAAAAUAAAAUUGUUCUGCAAGCUUCCUAACAAUUUCCCGAAGAGCAUCUAGACUAUUGAAGCAAGGGUCUAACGUUUCCUGGUGCAGGACUCGUUUUUGGAAGAAUAUAAUUCGUAGAUUUUGAAUGGAAAACUGAGUUCUCUUCUUUAUUUUAGGUGGCUUGUUCGAAUGCAAUAAGCCCGACCGGACACUCUUCUGAUCGAAUAAAUCAGUUGUCGAGUAAAUGGUUCUCCUUUUACUAACCAUAGUAUAGAGCAUUUCAUAGCAGAAGGUCCUAGUCUCAUUCGGACUGCUCACUCGUAGUGCGGCAAGAGCUAGCAGGCCAUAAAGGCAACAAGCAAACUGGCAUUCAUUAUUUUGAUCCAUCGAUCCUCUCUGAAAUGUCUACAAUACUUUCCAAGUACUACACGUCAUCUGUGAUAAGCUGACGAUCGUCGAUUUGUACGGAUGUGUUUAGAUUUUCUGCUUCCUAAAAGUUGAGUACCGAUAGCCUCGAAAAAAAGAAAGAACAACAUUAUCCUUAGGCCAGGAUUGCCUUCAAUAGUGUUGUGAGAAUGUUUAGAACUUUUUUUAACAGUACUUUACUUCUGCUAAUGUUUCCAGAAAUAAUAGUUACAGUAGACUAAUCAGCAAAGCAAAUGAGUGAUAGUGUGAUAGUUGUCGUACUUCGCCAUUUACCCCACAGAUGGCGCUGAAAGCAAUGGUGGAUUUUAUGGCAACUGCAGUUUGAAAUGAAUUUGAAUUAUCCUACACUCAACGUUGCCCUUGAGGCAGUCAAAAUGUUCACGCUUGUGUCUGUUUGUUGACAGCAAAAGAUGGAUUUAGUGAGCUGUAGCGUUCGCUAACCGUUGCUAUCGUUCAGUUUUGUAAAUGACGAUGGAUAAUCGUUUGAGAGUAAUCUAAAUAAUCUCUCUUAAUCACUCUGCUAAUUCGUGUCAGGUUCACAUAAAUCACCCCUGUGGUGAUGGUGAGUGGUUUUGGUUCAGUACCAAAGCUCCUCUAACCGUUCGGCCAUAACCGGCACGCUGACAGUUCACUCGCUGUGGCUAUUUGUACAGAAAAGAAUAGUAUAUUCUUAGACUAAGGUGCUUAGAUGAAAUGUAGAUAGGCAAAAGAGGAAAGGGCAGAAAGAGAUGUUUAAGAGAGAUGUAGAAAUUCGGUCUUUGUAUUGUGAAGGGGAGAAGGUAGAUGUACGGUUGGUGGCGUAGUGCGAUGGGACGCUUAAUUGGACCUGUUCCUUCUGUUUUGUGCUUUACUUUAGCGUUGGCUCUUGGAUGUUGCUACAACUUUUUUUUUGCGUGACAAAAUGCGAAGCAGAAGAUCGAUCGUUAUAGAAUUGGAUGCAAAUAAUCAUGUCCAAGUUCUAGUCUAACAAAUAAGAAAAUAGAAAAUGUAGAUGCAGAUUUUCGAGAGCAGUUUCAUACGGCUCCGUCUAAAAAUAGUUAACUAAUCGAUUUGUGCUGCCCUUGGCAUUAGUAGAUUGCAAACAUGAUGUUAAUUACGAUCCGAAUCACUGUCGCCAGUUCUCACACACAAAUGCCGUUCAGCAGAAUGUUUUCUACUGCACCACUCCUGAAAAUUGCAGCUGCACAGUUCGAAAACAUCGUCAAGCCCAAUCAAGCGGGAGAUGAGUGACACAAAACAAGCAUAAUUGACAUUAAUCAUAUUUUUCGUCGGUCGCACGCCCAUUAGCGAGUGGGUUCUUUGGUCGUAAGAUUUUGGCUCUUGUAAAAAAAAAACACUCACUUGGUGCUGUGUGCUGUAGGUGAUGUCUGGUUGUAAAAUUUGCAUUUUAAAAGAUGGAGGAAAAAAAUACUCUCAGCACAUCUGUUGCCAGCAAGUGAAUAGGGGCUAUCUGGUCGCACAAUAAAAACCAUUCCAAUUACCCACCAUGCCCUGUUAGGUGGUUGAGUCUAUCAGACCUGAAACAUUGGUACAGUUGUAUUCGUUGCCUGCCUUGCCUGUGGCACAAGAUUUAUUUGAUUCCUGAUUCCAUCAUUAGAGAAGCAGACCUCGUUCCGACCUCGAGCUCCGCAGGCAUCGAUAAUAAAUCUCUGAUACAAGCGUAUGAUUUCGAAUGAUGCAGCAUUGAUUAAUCACUUUAUAUUGCUCUGGAUCUCGUUCUCGCUCCGAACUACAGCCAUAUCUACAGCCUUCAAGCCAAGGUUCUUGACCUUGUAUCAAUUCUUGAAUCUAUUUUCGUACUGUAGAAGAGCUCAUUCCUCAGUUAUUGCUUACACAACUUUUUGACAUGUUGAAUCAAAUACUUUUUUUUCCUCGGAACCGAUUGGAUUAGAAUUGGAUUUUUUUUUACAAUUUACUAAAAAUGUAUGUCAAACAUCGAAUGAACGUCAUUAUUCCGCCUUAAAUAAAAAAUGCAUACAUUAGGCCAGUUUGACACCUGUGCAACCAGAUGAUCUGCUGGCAUCAUUAGGCUCACACCAUGGUUCUAGAAUAAUUCUCUCAAAGUUUCUGUGAUCGUACGUAGGAUUUUUAGAUGGUAUCGGUGAAAUGUUAAAUCCUUGCUCUGAGCACUACGUAACUGCUGCGCCUUCUAGCCUGUAACUUUGUUACUGAGUCUUUAAUCUCACUGUGUUCAAAUGCAGCAACUACAGGGGUAUUACGGUGUUGAAUACCGCCUACAAAAUCUUCUCCCUAAUCUUACAAGAUCGUCU